AUGGCCGCUUCUUUGGGGCCGGGAAAGAGCAACAACGCGGCAACACAACCAGCAACAGGUACAACAUCGGAGUUCCGAGCUAAUCGUGAGGCAUCGUCAGCUGCAAAGGCUGCGCCUGACCUUUACAGUGCGUCUCCUGAUCGGCCGCGCGCUUUACUGCCCGAGGCAGAUCGGGAAAUCGCGGAAGCAGUAGCCCCCAUCUCUGGUUGUUUGUUGCUCGAAUGGCUUGCUACCCACUUCUCUUGCCGGCUCUUUGCCGACACAGGCCGCACACUCUGCCUCCUUCCGCAGCAGCUUCUUGAGGUGCACCCCUCUCCAGUUGUGGCACUGCUGGAGCGGCAGCAGGAGCACUUCAGUCGGGGCAAGGCACCUGCCCAAGUCACACUGGCGCAAAAUGAGCAGCAACAGCAGCAGCAUCCCCAGGUAUCUCCGUCGGCACGAAGUCUGCAGUGCAGUUCUGCGCAUGACAUGGCGCACAAAGACGCGAUUUCCACCUCUUCUGGGAGCUACAUUCCUGAAAUCCACACCUGCUGUGGCGAGGGCACCAUGCCCCCCCAUAGGGGAAACAGCAGCAGUGGGGGAGUAGACGUGCGUCGCUUGUGCCAGCGCAUGCGGGGGGUGAGGGGGGCUGCAUGGGUAUGCGCUGCUAAGGAGAUGGAGGAGAAACUUCGGGAUACCUUAGGACCCUGCACAUUGGAUGCCUUUGCGUGUCCUUUUGCCUUUGCAAUCAGCGAAACGGGCACAUGCAAUAUUUUUCCUCUCCCGCAAGAACCUGAUCAGCAACAGUCUAUGAAGAACUCAAGCUUCCAAGUAUGCCCCCCCGUCGGCUUUCUUCAGCUUUGCCAACAGGGAGGUGACCAAGGGUCACUCUCGGAGCUGCAAACGCUCUUGAAGGAGGCCCUUCUCGACCCGGCUUGGAGGUGCAGGCCUUGCCGUCCCGACGGUCUUUCAGAAGCCGCCUUCAGGGAGCUUUUCUUUUAUUUGUGGGGCCCAGCCGAUGCGUGUAUGGCGGCGGACGUUGCCGCUUGCCACAUCGUGCAAUGGCGUCUCUCCUUCAACUUUUGCAGCUCAUGUCCCACAGGGAGAUUUCGUGUCUACGAACACAUUCUGGAUUUUGCAACUAGUAACAGCAGCGGCGACAGCACUAGCACCAGCAACAACAGCGCCAACACACACAUUAGUUCUGCUUCGCAGAACAGUGCGGAGGGAGAGAAGACGCUUUCGGCUACCUCCGCAGCUUGCCGCUGCUGCUGCCUGCGCUGUUGCUGUAUUCAAAUGCCUCAAUCCGUUCUUGAAGCUGUGGCACGUGACGAUUUGCGCCUCGCACCGCAGUGCAAAAACGGUAUCAGCAGUAACAGUAGGGGCAAGCGCGGCCUGCCCGACCGGCUUCUCCAAUUUACUGAGGACUGGCGAAACUCUGAGCCAUCGAGUGAUGGGGAGUCGUGGUUGUCUGAGCUACCCUCUUCCCCAAGCUCUUCAGCUGACUCUCCUCGUAUGUCCCCUAGGGCGGACGCUGCAGAUGCAGAAGCUCUCGAGGGAAUCCAUGGCCUUCCGGCUGCUGCAGAAGCGCUACCUGUUCCUGGCUUGAGAACUGAGGGAGAAAAGAAAUCCAGCGAUACCCAGCAGAAGGGUGGUAAGGCCUGCGACGAGAGGCGGGGUGGAGGUCUUUCUGAUGAUGCAGUGAAUAAUGCCGUGGCUGCCUUGCAGCAGUGCCUGUCUGUAUGUAUUCCCAUGGCCGGAAGUCGCGUGACGCCCCUUCUCAACAAUAGCACACUGGACGAUGCGGGCUGGAUUGUCGCUGGAGCCCAUAAUGUUAAUGCUUCCCAGAUUACCGCGCAGGCUGCGUCGGUCCGUAGCUUUUUGGCAUUUGCGUGUACCGAAUCAUGGGAAGUGCUGUUACUUCUGCACGCCUCAGCCGCUGCAUCGCGCGCCCUUUCAGACCCUUUACAAGGCUGUGCAGAUGUCUGUUCUGUCCUGGGAGUCUCACUGGCCAACGGGAAUGUUGUACGGCGGCUUAGUGCGCGCCCUGAAGGGGUCUAUGAACAGCUUAUGCGGAAAGAGGAGAGCUCGCAGAAGGAAGAACUCGACUUCCUACUCUCCCCCUUGGAAAAAUCGCAUGCAUAUAUAAAGAUACCCCACUGCCUUACGCUGGUCGAGGCUUAUGAGUUGCAGAAGGGCAGGGAGUUCCGGGUCUUUGCUGCUGGACGGCUUCCAGUGGGGAUCAGCCAGCUGUGGCUGGCAGAGUGCGUGCCUGAAUUAGUCAACAGCGCUUCCUUGAGAAGAAGAACGAGGCGGGCUGUUUGGCAAUUCUUCCUGCGAACGCUUAGUAGACAGCCACUGCCGCCUCUCUUCGUCGCAGAUGUGUAUAUACAUCGCAACGCCGAUGGAACAGAGAGCUGCCGGCUGCUGCGACUGAACCCAUGGGGCUUCCAGACCGACCCGUUACUCUUCACAUUUGACGAGCUCAGAACAUCCGUGUUGAGGCGCUGCUGCACGUCCAUUCAGCUCUGCAACAGCUGCACCUCCUUGCUCUCCUCGAGAGAGGUCGCUUCCCCGGGGGCCCCUCCUCCGGGGCGGUGCAACUGCUGGGAACUCUGCGAACUGCGGUAUAUCCGUGGCACUGACGAGGAGAUUUACGAUUCCCAGCGAUCCCUUGCGAUGCCUCAGGAUUUCCUAGAUAUUGCCAGAGGUGGCGGUAACUCAAAUGUUGAGGAAAUACUUCUGGACCUGAAAGCGGCUCACCUUGACGUAAUUAAGAAGCAUAAUCGCCGUAAACAGAGAGCAUUCACUCAUUGCCAAGCUACUGCCGGAAGAGGUUUUAACGAGCCUGGACGCGGACUGUCUCACGCAUAUCUCAAUCAGGGAGGUAUCUUUUCAAAGGCGCGAAAAGCGGGGCGCUUGGUAUAUGAUGCUUGCCGAAAUCUUUUGCUGGCGAGUAAGAGUGAACUGCGGGAUGGUGCAGCAAGGGCUAGGGACUGCCUGCAGACCGUUGCCCAACAAGGCUACCAUUCAGUCUCAUUUAAAACAGCGGCACCGUCGCGAAUACCUCGUUAUACGCGAAAUGGGUUUAGUGCAGCGAAACUUCAUUAUAGGUUGUAUUUUGAGGCAUCCAUUCCACGAAUGCAUAAAUCUAGAGACACAACACACUUGAAAGGCACUGCCAAUGGUAAGUCUGUUCAAACGCUACGCAGCAAACCGAUAUACGAGACAAAUGAAAAUAACGGGGAGCUGCGAACCCUCCCCGUGAUGCAUCAACGAAGAGGCCACGCGCCGAUAUCCCCAGUCCACUGGGCCGGGGAUACGCCACAACAUCAAGUCACGUCUGCGGCAAUCUAA